AUGGUGGGAAUGUCCCAGCUGAUAUCCACAACCCUCUCCUCCCCGGCCUCCCCUGCGUGCCCCUUCCAGAGAUGCCGGCGUAGUCAGGCCACGGCCCCCAGAAGGCCCAAAGCCGGUCGCCCGGCGGUGAUCUCCUGCGAGAGCAGACCGUCGGAGAGGGUCGACCGGCGGGAGGUGCUGCUGGUGCUGGGGGGGAUGUGCACCGCCGGUGGCCUGGGGGUCGGCCGGCGGGGGGACGCCCUCGCGCUGCCCAUCCAAGCCCCGAACCUGUCCGAGUGCCAGACGGCGGGGACCAGCUCCGGCAACAACUGCUGCCCCCCGUACAGCGCCACCAUCCUAGACUACAAGUUCACCCCGACAGGAAAGCUGAGGGUGCGGCGGCCGGUGCACAAGGUGGACGAGGCCUACCUGGCCAAGUACAAGAAAACGGUGGAGCUGAUGAGGGCGUUGCCGGCGGACGACCCGCGGAGCUUCGCCCAGCAGGCCAAAGUGCACUGCGCCUAUUGCGACGGCGCCUACGACCAACUCAUGGCUCUUCUUCCCCUUCCACCGCUUCUACCUCCACUUCCACGAGAGGAUCCUCGGGAAGCUCAUCGGCGACGACAGCUUCGCCCUGCCGCCGGGACGACCAUUCCGCAGAUCUUCACCGACCCCAAUUCCUCCCUCUACGACGAGUACCGCGAUCCCGCCCACAAGCCGCCGGUGGUGCUCGACUUGGACUACGGCAACAAAUCCGAUUACGUCCCCCCCAUCCCGCAGCAGCAGAUCAACCGCAACUUGUCCAUCAUGUACAGGCAGAUGAUCUCCAACGCGAAGACCACCACACUGUUCAUGGGGCAGCCCUACCGUGCCGGCGACAAUGCCGACCCCGGGGCCGGGGAGAACACGCCCCACGGCCCCAUUCAUCUCUGGGUUGGCACGCCCGAACCCUGCUACGUAGACAUGGGCGUUUUCUACGCCGCCGGUAGGGACCCCAUCUUCUACUCCCACCACGCAAACGUCGACCGGAUGUGGCAGGUGUGGAAGAAGCUGAACCCGAGGAACGUCGACUUCAAAGACCGCGACUGGCUGGAUGCGUCCUUCCUCUGUUGUGAACGGGAGCCUUGCACGUGCCCCGCGCUGUUCGCAUAACGGCAUAGUGCGGUUAUGUAAGAGUUUUUCAAAAGAGAGAAAGUUUUCCUUGUUCCUCCGGCGAGUUCCUGACAAUUGGUAUCAGAGCUCCCAGGUUGCGGGCCGGGACUCGAUCGCGGCAAGGUACAGCCGUUGGAAUCGAGAACGCGCAAUCGAGACGCGCUAUGGCAGGAGGAAAGGACGGCGUGGUCCAGAGGGUGAUUCGUGAGGUGAGCGCCGGGACCGGGUUCCCAAUGCUCACCAAGACAGACCAACUACUCCGACUGGGCGCUGCUCAUGAAGGUCAAGCUCAGAGCCCGGUUGCUCUGGACCGCCAUUGAGAAAGGGGGCGUCGAACCCCAUGAAGACAUGCAGGCGCUCGAUGCGCUCUGCAGCGCCGUGCCGCCGGAAAUGUGGCCGGUGAUCGCGAACAAGGAGACGGCCAAGGAGGCCUGGGAGGCUAUCGCCACCAUGCGGAUCGGCGAUGACCGCGUAAAGAAGACGUCGGCUCAGAACUUGCGGCGGCAGUUCGACUCGGCGACGUUCAAGGAGGGAGAGUCUGUUGAGGACUACGCGCUGCGUCUCAACAGCAUGGCGUCGACUCUCACCACCCUCGGCGACAAGGUCGAAGAGACGCAGGUAGUGGAGAAGAUAAUCCGCAGUGUUCCCCAGCGUUUCAGGCAGAUCGUGGUCGCGAUCACGAUGCUGCUCGACGUGUCGACGCUCACCGUCGCGGAUUUGACGGGUCGGCUCAAGGCGGCGGAGGAUGCCUUCGAGGAACCGCCGUCGGCUAUGCACCACGACGGCAAGCUGUACCUGACCGAGGAAGAGUGGGACGCACGGCGGAGGAAGCGUGAUGCUGAGAAAACUGGUGGUGGAGGUAGCAGCAGCGUGACGCACCGUGGCAGACAUGGGCGCGGGCGCGGGCGCGGGCGCGGCCGUGGCAGCGACAAGGGCUCGUCAUCAGGCGGCCUGACGGGCAACUCAGGCCGGCCCAGCGGUGAUGAGUGCAGGAGAUGCGGGAAGCUGGGCCACUGGGCCCGCGAGUGCCGCUCCAAGCCCAAGAAAGAGCAGGCCCACGUCGUCCAGAAUGAGGAGGAGGCCUCGCUCCUUCUCGUGAAGUCAACGACGGCCAUAUCGACGGCGCCGCCACCAACCUCCACUCCACCACGUUUUGCUGCGACUCUGCAAGCAGAGGAUCGGCUCCGGCGUGCAAGCCCACCGCCGCCGGGAGCAAAAGGGGUCCCCGUCAAUGAAGGGGCCGCGAAAGAAGAGAAGAAGCCAGGCGCCCAGACCCAGAUCCAUCUGCGGGAAGAGAAGGUGAUCGCCCACCUUGACGAGGAGGAGCUGCGUGAUGAAGAGGCGUGGGUCGUGGACACGGGCGCCACGAACCACAUGUCGGGUUCCCGUACGGCUUUCACCGAGCUGGACACGGCGGUACUUGGGACGGUGCGGUUCGGCGACGACUCGGUGGCGCGGAUCGAAGGCCGGGGGGCAAUCGUGUUCCUGUGCAAGAACGGCGAGCACCGGUCCUUCGCGGGGGUGUAUUACAUUCCCCGACUCACGACGAACAUCGUCAGCGUCGGCCAACUCGAUGAGGCCGGGUACCAUAUCGACAUCGAGAAGGGGGCGAUGAAGAUCCAUGAGCCAGGCGGACGGCUCCUGGCGAAGGUGAUGCGCGGAGAGAACCGGCUGUACAUUCUCCACGCCAAGCUGGUUCGGCAGGUGUGCCUGGAGGCGCGGGGAGUCGAAGAAGAUUGGAAAUGGCACGCGCGCCUCGGACAUGUCAACAUGACCGCGCUGCGGAAGAUGGCUCGGGAGGAGCUGGUGCGCGGGUUGCCGGCAGUUGGUCAGGUGGACCAGCUAUGUGAGGCGUGUCUCGCUGGCAAGCAGAAGCGGUCGCCGUUCCCCGAGCAGGGAGAGUACCGGGCGCGGCGUGUUCUGGAGCUGGUGCACAGCGACCUCUGUGGUCCGAUUGCGCCGGAAACGCCAAACGGCAGCAAGUAUUUCCUGCUGCUCGUGGAUGAUCGAAGCCGGUACAUGUGGGUGGCCAUGCUGCCUUCAAAGGACCGUGCUGCGGUGGCCAUCAAGGAGAUCAAGGCUCGGGCAGAAGGCGAGGGCGAGUCAGGACUGAUGCUGGGAGCGCUCCGUACUGAUCGGGGCGGCGAAUUCACCUCACAUGAGUUCGCGGAGUACUGCGCGGGAGAAGGUAUUCAUCGUCAACACACGGCGCCAUACAGCCCGCAGCAGAAUGGCAUCGUCGAGCGCAGGAACGGCACGGUGGUAGCAACCGCGAGGAGCAUGCUCAAGGCAAAGGGGCUGCCGGGCUGGUUUUGGGGUGAGGCAGUGGCAACUGCUGUAUACAUCCUGAACCGGUGUCCGACGAAGAGCGUGGACGGCAUGACGCCUUUCGAGUUAUGGCACGGGAAGAAGCCGGCGGUGCACCAUCUGAAGGUGUUCGGAUGCAUCACCUACGUCCUGAACACGACACCGCAUCUCAAGAAGCUGGAGGACCGCGGCCGCAAGAUGAUCUUCAUCGGCUACGACUACGGAUCAAAGGCCUACCGUGCCUACGAUCCCACCACGAGGCGUGUCCAUGUGACACGGGACGUGGUGUUCGACGAAAAUGCCCAGUGGGACUGGGGCAGCGGCGCGGAGCAAGGGGAUGCGGGCAGCCACGACGACAUGUUCACAUUGGAGUAUGCCGUCGGGAACCAGGUACCUCCGGAGCUCGAUGGCGCCAUCGAGGUACUUGAUGAUGAUGCGCCGGGACCGGAGCCAAUGUCGCCACCGUCCGUGCACUCCAGUGUGGGAGCGGUGCCGAUUGAAGAUGGAGGAAAGGAGGUGGAGUUCGCCACUCCACCCAGUGUCCACAUCGACCACCUAGAUGCUAAUCACGACGAUGCGCCACUCCAGUUCCGCAAGAUCGACAACAUCGUUGGGCUGGCCUCGCUGCGUGGUCUCGUGUCGUGGGUGUUAAUUGCAGAGGAGCUGCACGCUGUAAGUUCUGAUGAGCCGGUCUCUUUUGCUGAAGUAGAGGGCCACCCAAGCUGGAGGAAAGCUAUGGAGGAGGAGAUGGCGUCGAUCGAGGAGAACCGCACUUGGUCCCUGGUUGACCUCCCACAUGGUCGCCGGGUGAUCGGGUUGAAGUGGGUGUACAAGGUGAAGCGGGAUGAAAACGGAGCUGUGGCGAAGUACAAGACGCGCCUGGUGAUGAAGGGCUAUGCGCAACGCCAGGGGAUCGACUACGACAAGGUGUUCGCACCUGUGGUGCGGUUGGACACGGUGCGCCUUCUCAUCGCUCUUGCGGCGCACGAGGGGUGGGAGGUGCACCACAUGGAUGUCAAGUCGGCGUUCUUAAAUGGUGAUCUCAAGGAAGAGGUGUACGUGGAGCAGCCGGCCAGUUUCAUCAGCACGGGCAACGAGCACAAGGUGUUCAAGCUGAAGAAGGCACUCUACGGCUUGCAUCAGGCGCCUAGGGCCUGGAACGCGAAGCUGGAUGAAACGCUGUUGUCGUUUAGAUUAAGGAAGAGUCCCUCGGAACAUGCCAUCUACACCAGGCGGAACGGGAAGGCAUAGCUGGUGGUCGGGGUGUACGUUGACGACCUGGUGAUCAUCAGCGCCAGCUGCGACGACAUCAAGCAAUUCAAAAAGGAGAUGGCUCACGCAUUCAGGAUGAGUGACCUCGGCCUGCUUCACUACUAUCUCGACAUUGAAGUCAGGCAGAGCGCGGAGGGCACCUUGAUCAGCCAAAGAGCCUAUGCCACCAAGAUUCUAGAGAAGAGCGGCAUGGCAGGAUGCAAUCUAUGUCAAGUACCAAUGGCAAUGCGUCUAAAACUGAGCAAGAGGAGCACGGAGCCGCUGGUGGAUGCAACAGCAUACAAAAGCAUCGUGGGGAGUCUCAGGUACGUGGUCAAUACUCGUCCAGACUUGGCAUUUGCUGUUGGUUAUGUGAGUCGUUUUUUAGAGGAGCCACGAAAGGAUCACUUGGCUGCUGUGAAGCAAAUUCUCCGCUAUGUGGCGGGAACCAAGAGCUGGGGUCUCAGGUAUGAAAGAAAGAAAGAGGAGUAAGUCCAACUGACAGGGUUCAACAAUAGUGACUUUGCUGGUGAUGUUGAUGCUUGGAAGAGCAUGACUGAAGUUAUUUUCUUCUUAGCCAACAGCCCAAUUAUUUGGCAAUCGAUGAAACAGAAGGUGGUGGCUCAGUCUAACUGCGAGGCAGAGUACAUUGCGGCUGCCAAUGCUGCCUGCCAGGGUGUGUGGCUCGCUUGGGUGCUAGUAGAAGUGUAUGGCUUAGCACCAAGCGUGCCGAUGCUAAGGGUGGACAACAAGUCUGUCAUAGCGUUGAUCAAGAACCCGGUUCUCCAUGGACAUAGCAAGCACAUUGAAGUGAAGUAUCAUCUUGUCCGAGAAUCCGCAGAAAAGGGUCAAAUCAACGUGGAGUUUAUCAGGAGUGAAGAACAGUUAGGAGACGUUCUGACGAAGCCACUCGGAAAAGUCAAAUUCCAUGAGUUUCGCGCCAAGAUUGGCCUCGUUGAUGUUCGUGGUAAGCACAGCAAGGCUCAGGAAGAGAUUGUUGUGAACGGGGAGCCUUGCACAUGCCCCCCCGCCCUAUUCGCAUAACGGCAUAGUGCGGUUAUGCGAGAAGUGCUCUAACGUGUACAUGUCAGAGCACGUUGUGCGGUAAUACAGAAUUUCCUGCAUAACGCACAUUACUGGCCAGUCUUGGUCAGCUAGUUAUUUCUUACGGUUAUUUCUUUCCCCACUUUGUUUUCUUAUUUAAAGAGGACUGUAAGAGUUUUUCAAAAGAGAGAAAGUUUUCCUUGUUCCUCCUGCUGUGUUUUUCCUGUGACUCGGGUGGUGAUCUCGCCGGCGACGUCUUAACUGCCGUCGUCUCUCCGGCGAGUUCCUGACAUCCUCUUCUACGACGAGGACGCCCGCCUGGUGAGGGUGAAGGUGAGGGACUGCCUCGAACCCGAGAUGCUGGAGUUCACCUACCAGAAUGUGGACCUCCCGUGGCUCAGUAAGCGCGCCACUCCCCGCGCCACCCCCGCGGGGAAAUCGUCUUCCACCUCCUCCUCGCCCCCGUCGAAGAAGAAGAGGAGGGCGAAGCUGCUCAAAUCCGCGGGGGGGGGCAGCGACUUUCCCCCUGACGCUGUCGUCGUUAGCGAGCAUCACGCUGAAGCGGCCCAAGGUCUCCCGGCCCCAAGCCGAAAAGGACAAGCAGGAGGAGACCCUCGUGGUGAAUGGGAUCGAAUUCGACCCCACAAACUGCGUGAAGUUCGACGUCUACGUCGACGACACCGACGCCGGCGAAGUCAAGCCCGACGACAGCGAGUUCGCCGGCAGCUUCGUCAACGUGCCGCACGGGAAAGGCCACAACGAGAAGAUGAAAUCGGUGAAGACCACCCUACGGCUGGGGAUCACCGACCUGCUGGAGGACCUCAAGCUCGACGACGACGACGAGAUCCUCGUCACCCUCAUCCCCCGCACGGGCAAGGGGAAGGUCAAGAUCGAGAGGAUCCGCUUAGAGCUCUCAUCCUGA